GCCGCGCACCCCUCCUCCGCCCACUCCCUCCGGCGGCGCGGCGGCGCGGUGGAGCGCGCGGAGGACGCCCCCUCCCGCCCGGCUCGGCUCCGCUCGGCUCUGCUCGCAGGCGGCGGCGGGGCUUCCAGCUCGGCCAGCGGCUGCACGGCGCCGGCUUCCGGAGUCCCGCCGCGAAGAUGCUCAAAGUCACCGUGCCCUCCUGCUCCUCCUCGUCCUGCUCUUCGGUUACCGCCAGUGCGGCCCCGGGGACCGGGAGCCUCGUCCCGGAUUACUGGAUCGACGGCUCCAACAGGGAUGCGCUGAGCGAUUUCUUCGAGGUGGAGUCGGAGCUGGGACGGGGUGCUACAUCCAUUGUGUACAGAUGCAAACAGAAGGGGACCCAGAAGCCUUAUGCUCUCAAAGUGUUAAAGAAAACAGUGGACAAAAAAAUCGUGAGAACUGAGAUAGGAGUUCUUCUUCGCCUCUCACAUCCAAACAUUAUAAAACUUAAGGAAAUAUUUGAAACCCCUACAGAAAUCAGUCUGGUCUUAGAACUCGUCACAGGAGGAGAGCUAUUUGACAGGAUUGUGGAAAAGGGGUAUUACAGUGAGCGAGACGCUGCAGAUGCUGUUAAACAGAUCCUGGAGGCAGUUGCUUACUUACAUGAAAAUGGGAUCGUCCAUCGUGAUCUCAAACCAGAGAAUCUUCUGUAUGCCACCCCAGCUCCAGAUGCACCACUUAAAAUCGCUGACUUUGGACUCUCUAAAAUUGUGGAACAUCAAGUGCUCAUGAAGACAGUGUGCGGAACCCCAGGGUACUGCGCACCCGAAAUUCUCAGAGGCUGUGCCUAUGGACCUGAGGUGGACAUGUGGUCUUUGGGAAUAAUCACCUACAUCUUACUUUGUGGGUUUGAACCAUUCUAUGAUGAAAGAGGUGAUCAGUUCAUGUUCAGGAGAAUUCUGAACUGUGAAUAUUACUUUAUCUCCCCCUGGUGGGAUGAAGUAUCUCUAAAUGCCAAGGACUUGGUCAGAAAAUUAAUCGUUUUGGAUCCUAAGAAACGACUGACUACCUUUCAAGCUCUCCAGCACCCGUGGGUGACAGGUAAAGCAGCUAACUUCGUACACAUGGAUACUGCUCAAAAGAAGCUUCAAGAAUUCAAUGCUCGGCGAAAGCUUAAGGCAGCAGUGAAGGCAGUCGUGGCCUCCUCCCGACUGGGAAGUGCCAGCAGCAGUCAUAGCAGCAUUCAAGAGAGUCACAAGUCUGCUGGAGAACCAUCACCAGCCCAAGAGUGCAAUGAGCACAUCAAACCUAUUCCGCAAGAGGAGAACAUUCAAGGAGAGGCGGCCCACAUGAUCACUGAGAGCACAGAAGCUGAGCUGAUGGAGGAGGUGAAAGAUGGAGAUACAAAUGCUGAAGAGGCCCCCCAAAUAGAGCCGGAGGCACUGAAUGAUGGAAUAGAGGUGGCUGACCUGACCACAGAGAAGGGCCAGGUGGAGAAGCUGAAGCCAGUGGAGGAAGCGGCAGACCCCAAAGAAGAAGACAUCCCUGAUGUGGCAGCUGGGCUUUCACAGCAAGAUGUGGUCCUGCCAGAGUACUAAGUUUGCUUUCUUCAGAUCGUGAGGCCCAACUCCAGCAUUGUAUGUACUGUCUUUCAGCAAAGAAGGUGUGGAAGCAUGAUAAGCACUAUUGUGAUUCUGUUUUUGAGGUGCAAAAAAAAAUACAUAUAUGCCAGUUGGUAACCCUACAUCAAUGCAUGUGACUGCUUUAUAAAAAUAAUUGUGUUUUCUAUGGCAUGUAAUGGAUACCUAAUACCAAUGAGUUAAAUUGACAUUGCAAGUAAUACAACACUUAAAAACAUACAUUUUUUUCAGCAAUCAGUGGCACACAUUUGAAAUAAUAGCAAAUUGGUUUUUCUUUGAAAAUCAAGCCAUCCUAUAUCCCCUGGGUAUAAAGCAGUUUUAUCAGGUAGUGCUACAAGACAUGUUCUCUUGACUUCCCCACUGUUUAUUUGCUUGUCAUCAUUAAUGUGUUCGAAUUGUUUAUAAGGGGAUGGUGGUAGGUGACAGUUAUGCACAAAAAUUUCAUUUAAAAUGAAAUAAGAAAUAUUUAUAAGGGACAUGCAUCCAUAUGCCCUGAAAGCUUAUGUAGAAAAUGCCUUUCUGUUUUAUUCUUUCUUAUAUAUGAAAUAACCAUCAAAAUGUUCUCCCACAAAAAUUCUACCAAAUUCUACCAAAUUUUACAAAUUCAUGCUGAGAUUCAUUCUCCCCUUUCCCCGCAAACUACUAAGAUAACCGUAUGUAUAAAGCAUAGGAUAAAGAAUGAAGAUAUUUAGGGAAGAAAAAGAGAUAAAAAUGGGACUUUAACGAACAAAGAUAAGAUUGAUUCCUUUUCAAUGUUAGCAGUAAUUAUAUUUAUUUGUAAAUGUGCACAAUGUUAUACAUAAUAACAUUUUUGUGAAUUAACUACAAAUGACAAGCUUUAAAUAUUUUUUUAAAAAUCUGUUUUACAGAUUGGUGCCAACAUAUCUGAAUAGAGUGAGAAUAACAUGUUCCAUCAUCAGAUUGUGCAUUAUUGUAAAGAAACAUUAUUGUUGACAAAAGCUUUUCCUCUCAUUUUGAUGAUUAUUUAUGAUUUUAAAAAUAACUAUGAAAAGCUAGUGUAUCUUUUUCCUCACACUUGAAAUGGAAGUGGCCACAUUUUGCAAGGUAGUUUUGAAAUUUUCCAUGUCAAGAAAUUUAGCACAGUGUAAUUAUGUAUUUACUUUAAAAAGCAAAAAGAAAAACACAAUGAUUUUAAGUCAGAUUGUUAAAAACCUAGAAUAUUAAGACCUAAUGUAUUACUAUGAUGUUUCCAUAAUAAAUAUUUCUCAACUUCCAUAGAAAGAUUUUGCCUUCAUAGAAAUUAAAUUAAAACCAAACAUCCAAAUUUAUUUCUAGUUCAAGCUGAAAAAAAUUUUUUCAAAAUAAUUAUGUAUGACAUUUUGGUCGAGUUUUUCACUUUAAAAAAAGGAUUAUUUUUAAAGUCCAAAAUGAAGACAGCAAAAAUGACCAGAUUAUAAAAUCCUCAUGAAAUAAACAUAUUUUAAACUAUUUUCACUCUUUCUUAAAAUAAUUAAAUUUGGAAAAUAAAAUUAAAUCUGUGACUUUUGGAGACCAUUCGAUCUCACUAUACACACGUUCUGCUUUCUGGGCACGAAUUCUCAUCAGAAGGAAACAAGGUAGGCCAGCUUGUAUCCCAUGAUUCAGGCUGUCAUGUCACUGACAUGCGGGGAAAUGCCUUAAGUCAUCAUCUGACCUCAGAUGAUUGAUUUUUUUGAUUCUCUUUUAUUAAUUAGUAGUGCUUAUGCUCUUUUCUUUUUCUUUUUUUCAGAAUUCUUUCUUUUGGCUGUUAUAAAUGACUAGUUUUAAGCUUUAAAAAUUUCUUUUUAAGCAUUACAAUUUCCCUUUAAGAAGAGCAAUUUCCUGGUAUAAUUUUCCUCCGGAAACUUAAUAGAUAUAUGUACACAGUAAGUAUCCCAUACAGCAAUGAAAAAAGGAAAAAGGGCUUUGUUGAAGAGCAGCAUUUAGUGGAAGACCAGAACCCAUUAUCACUCCAAGCCUACCACAUCUUGUUCCAAGCACAGAUGUGGCUUCAUUCCAACCCUGGGACUGACCUUAUUGGUUGGCCCUGUGGACUAUAGGGCCAGCGUUACAAAUGCCACAGACAGUGUGUAGUUCAGCAUUUACUCACUUAAAUGAUGGCAUGGGACCAUUUGUUUGUAAGUACUCAAGAUUGUGAAUGGUAAUUCCUAUAAACUGCACUAUCAGUCAAUGGGAGUUUUAAUUUUGACUCUGUAAAAGAUUAUGUCCUGAUAAUGCCUACAUGCUAAUGUAGUCUAUUCAAUUGGAAACACAUCAAAUUUUUAUUAAGGUAACCAUUUCUAUCAAAUUCACAUCUUUAUAGAAAUAUCUUUUUUAUUUUAAAAAGAAUAAAAUGAAAGAGGACAGAACAAAACAGAUCAGAACGGAACAAUAUAAGAAACAUAGCACUUCACAACAAAACAACUGGAUAUUAACAGUAGCUAGCAUAUUGUCACUUUCUUUGAAAUUAGUUGAGCAUACCUUCACACACAAUAAUAUCAAACAUAACAAAAUUGUAUAAAACCAUUAAGGGCAUGAAAGUAUUACAGGGUAUUCAGAACCAAAUAACAGAAAAUGAACAAUGGCUACUAUAAUAUCUCAUCUUCCAUAAAAAAUUUGUUUAUACUAUCACACAUUAAAAUCCAAUAAGAUACAACAUGAUAGAACCAAUGGAAAUAGAAGAACAAAAGCAUGGUAGGACUUCAAAGCAAGAUGAUACUAAAUCAGCAAUGGCUGCCACAAUGUCUUGUUUUCUUCAAAGUAGCUGUUCAUACCAUCACACAUAAUAAAAUCAAAACAGAAUAAAACCAUUUCAACUAAUGAAUGAAAACAUAAGGCUUCACAGCAGUGUAAUGGAGAAUCAUGAUUACCAUAAAAUCAUAUGUACUCUUACCAUUUCUUAUACUAGGGAGACUAUAUGGUAUUUAUACAUGUGAGUUUGAUUUAUUUUGCUUAUAAGUAUGUCUCAAGUUGCAUCCACUUAUUUAUAAAUAUCUCCAUGUGAUCAUUCUUUAUAGCUGAGUAGUACGCCAUUGUAUAAAAUACCUUACCUUUUUGACUGAUUCCUCAGUGAUGGACACUUAGGUUGUUUCCAAGAUCUGGCUAUUAAAAAUUGUGCUGCUCAAAACAUGGGUGCACAUAUAUCACUGUGAUAUGAUGUUUUCAGUUCUUCUGGGAAUAUGCCUAGAAGUGGAAUAGCUGGGUCAAAUGGGACUUCCAAUCUCAGCUUUUUGAGGAAUCUCCAGACUGACCUCCACAGUGGUUGCACCAGUCUAUACUCCCACCAACAGUGCAGAAGAGUUCCUUUCCCUCUUCAUCAUUUGUUGUUGGUAGUUUUCUUGAUCCUGGCCAUUCUUUUUGGGAGUGAGAUGGAACCUCAGUGGUUUUAAUUUGCAUUUCUCUGAUGACUAAUGAUGAUGAACAUUUUUUCAUGUACUUAUUUGCCAUUUCUAUUUCUUCAUCUGAGAACUGUGUGUUCAUCUCAGAUGCCUAUUUUUGGAUUGGGUCUUUGAAUUUCGGGGGUCUAAUUUUUUAAAUUCUUUAUAUGUUCUAGACAGAAGACCUUUGUCUGAGGGACAGUUCACUAAGAUUUUUUCCCAAUAUGUGGAUUUUCUUUUCUGUAUGCUGAAGACUACUUUAGACACACAGAAACACUUUAAUAAGACGUGAUCCCAGUUAUUUGUUCUGGCAAGUAUUUCCUGUGCUGUUUGAUUCUUGUUCAUGAAUUCUCUGCUUACCCCUAUGUCUUCAAGAUUUUUACCUAUGUUGUCUUCCAACAGAUUUAGUGUUUCUAUUUUAAUAUUUAGAUCUUUGACUGAUUUAAACUUUAGUACAUGGUGAUAGGCAUUAGAAAUAUAUUUUGUUAGGAUAAUUACGUUGCCAUUUUUGAAAGAACAGCCAUUACUUAUUAAAACCUGGAAAUAUUAUCUAUCUCAAAGAUUACUUACCUAAGUAAGGAUAGACAAUCUGAAAAAACUUCAUAACACUGUUCCUAAUUAGUAAUGAAGUCACAAAGCAAGAGAAUAUUUAAAAUUUCAGCAAAAAAAUUACAUUUUGCAUUUUAAAGCUGACAAUUAUUGCAUUAAUAAUACUGGUUUAUAUUUUAAGAAGCUCAGAUACACUGCAUAAACUUGAUUUUUUUUUACUAUGAAAGUUUAUUUUGUAUUAUUUUCCCCAUUAUAAAUAUUUGGUUUUAAUUUCACUAGCUUUUCUCACACAGUUAAGAGCUUAUGUGUGCUAGGGACCAAAAAAGUGUUGAAAUUAAAAUAAGAUGGUGUUGUAGAAGUUAUUGUCUGGAAUGAGUGUUGCCUAGUAUAAUUCAAGUCUAAUAUACAAUUUUAAAUUGUCAACCACAUAGUAAAAAUUAAAAAGCUUAAAUUAACUAUGGUAUGUUUAAUGCAAGAUAUCCAGAUUAUGAUUACAAAUACAAAGUCAGUAUUAAAAAUUGAGAUGUUUUGAAUUAUUUUUAUACUAAGUUUUCAAACUUAGGAAUAUGUGUAAUACUUUUGGUACAUUCAUUAGUCAGUAGCCACAUGCAGCUGGUGGCUUCUGUAUCAGACAGCACAGGUCUAGGGUAUCUUUUAAACAAAGUGACAUUUGAAUUUCAAUGCUUAGAUCUGCGCUGCUUCAGUUUUCCAUAUUAAAGAGUUGGUGAGAGACCAACAAAAUGUUUCAGGAAUAUUAUAGAAUGAAAGGAAAUAAAAACUAUUGGCUACUACUGCCCAUUUAUAUGCCUCAGAGAUGUUUCCAGCAGGACUUCAGAGAAGGUCAUCUUCCUGGACUAGUGAAUUAUCUGUGACUACCGUCCCUCUAACCCCUUUUUGAGCCCUCAAAUACUGACUACAGCUUAAAGUCUCCUGAGUGUACCCAUAAAGUCAAUAACACGCUCACUUACUAAAAUCUACUAUGGGCCAACCACCCUUUGAAAUAGAAUUUAACAGGAUCCAGACUUUUAUUCCUGGACUAAUGGGACACCAUCUCUAUCUAGAAAUUACUGAAACAUACAAAUGUGCCUGAUGAAGAUUGUAUGAUGAUAGUGAUGCUACAUCAGUUACCUCCAGAAUAAGAAUGUAACCACUGGCUGGCAAGCCCUAGAUUUCCUUAGAAAGGUUUAAUCAACACUGCCAUUAUACAUGAAUUUAAAAAUAGAUUUUUGGAAUUUUUUUACAUACUGAUUUUAGAAUAAUCAAAAUUCUAUAGUCAUUUUUGAUGGCAAAAAUAAUAGUUUGCCUUUACUGUGACCUCAAUUACAUGGUAUUUUAGCAUAUUCUGUAAUUUAGAAUAUUUAGCAAUGCCUAUUUCCAGUUUCACAUGCAAGGUAAUUAAUUGUGGUUUGCCUACAAGCUGAUAACUUAAAAGGAGACAUUUUGUUUUAUAAUUCAGUUUUUAUUGUACAGAAGCCACUGGUUGUGUUUCUGAUUGGAAAAAGAAAGGUAAAUGCCAGAAAAGACAAAGAAUAUAGUUGGUAAAUCAUUUUUUCUUGUUUAGGAUUGUCCUUGAAAAACAACAAAACAACACACACACACACACACACACACACACACACACACAAAAUGAGAUAAACAUUGAAUUAGCACCAGCUUAUUACUAAAGUUUGACUCCAUAUAUAAUUGACAUAUACACAGAGCAGAAUCAAUUACAUAAUUACAAUGCUUGUGUAAUUUACACAAGUAAAUUGUGUAAUUUACUUGUCAUUGCAAAGUAUUCAGUCUGGUUAUAUAGUUCCACUUAAGAUGAUGUAAAGUUUCCAGACAUCUAUUUAAUAGAUUUUGUAAUAUCUUUGUAAUUACUGCCUAUUAGGACAUACUCUAAUUUCUUCAGUAUUUAUUACUAAUAUGUUCCUGGUCAUUAACAACAUUUGAGCAUUAACCAGUUGAAUACUACUUAAUGAUUAGCCUGCGUGUCUGCAAUGGUUUUUUAAAAACUCUAUGCACAUGUAAUUUCAAUACUGAUUAUAAUGCUCAUACCACAUAAUAAACAGAAAUGUACACAAUAAUUUUCUAAAAUAUGUUUUUUAACGUCUCUUAAAUACCCUGAUACAUUCAGGGUUCAGUUCUAGCUUUUGACAGAUUGCAUGACUUUAGCAUCCUGUCAGAUCUCAGUCUGCUCGCUGUCAUCUGGCCCAGAGAGGGUAAGAUAGAAGCCUCCUCGUGAAGGCAGAACAUCUGAUAAAUUCACAACAGUCAGACACCGCUGUAGAGAAGAUUCCAAGCAUCCAACCUGGCUGAGCUGAAAUUAGCAAAGUAGGGAAAGUUCUUCCCAUGUUCCAACAAAAAGAUUGUAGGUGAUCUGUUUGAACAUUGGUGUAUUCCCACUGGCAAUAAUACAAAACAGAUUCCACAAAUUAUUUGCUUUUUCCUUGUCUUGAUUUGCUACCACUUGUCCCUAACUGAGAUUUCAGUUCAUCCCUAUAUCCUGAGGUUAGUGAAGGUCUUCUAAAUCCUUGGCAGGAGCAUCUCAGACUAGCAGGAGAAACAUGGGAUCCUUACUAGACCAGAAUUUAGUUGUUUUUUUGUUUUGUUUUGUUUGUACCGGGAAUUGAACUCACAACUGCGCACUUGCAAGGCAGGCGCUUAUGCUUAUGCCGCUGAGCUAAAUCCCCAGCCCCCAGAAUUUAAUUUAAAACUCUAAACAGAAACUGCACAAUCAUGUUACACUUAUAAAUAGUUGUUUUCAGUGCAUUUUGAAGAUUGACCUGGAAAACCAAUAAAUAUAAAAUAUUUGUAGACAAAAGGAUCUUAGCUGUGAUUUGUGAAAAUGACAAAUACUUAAUCUUCAAUCAGAUUGAAUAAUCUUUAUUUUCCACAUAAAGGGUUCUUUCAAGCUACUCAAAUACAGUAGCCAUUACAUUAGAGUUUAUGAAAGUUGUUCUGAAAAUCAGUGUGAAGAGCAAAAAUUUUCUAGGUUUUUUCUUUGCCCUUUACUUGAUAUAUGGAUAAUAAUCUGUUUUGUGAAGGGUGAAAUUCAGUAAAACCAUAAAUUGAAAACUGUCAACUCAUAAUUGUCCUGCCUUUCACCUGAUCUAUUUUAUAUGCCCACAAUACAGCUAACAGUAGCACAGAUUACAAAACAGUAUAUUCAUGAUUUAUUAAUAUUUUCUAUUCAUAGCACCCUUCAUCUCAGUAUUAUUUUCACGGCCAUCUAUAAAUCAAAAGAAGGUUCUAACAUGUCCAUUUAUCAGGUAGUUAGAUCAAAAUGUCAUCAUAGUAAAGCUUUAUUCCAUAUUUCAUAAAUGUUGAUGCUUCCCUCAAGAUUUUAAAGUGUCUGGUGAGUUCAGUGAGUGGGAACAGGUGAUUUAGUAGGUCUUUAUGCCCAGUUACCUAAGGAUACACACAAAAGGGCCAAAUGUUAGCAUUCGUUUUUGCUUGAGUACCAAUCAUUUAUCAUUGGGUUUUGAUAUGUACAUAUAAAACAUGCAUUUUUAAAAAACUAAUUCUCACAUAAUUCACCAAAGAACUAAAGUUACAUCUCUGUAGGACAGUUUUUAAGAGCGAGGCAAAUAAUAGUUCACAGAACUAUUUUCAUUGGAACAUCCACUAACAAACUUAUUUAUGUCUUCAGUUUGCCAGGGAAAAGAGGAGUAACUUUCAGUAUCGAUUGUAGGAAGCCACAACACCUAAAAUGUUUAUUUAGCCCUUCACAGAAAAAAAAAAAAAAAAUUAUGCCAGUUUUUCAUGGCACUCCAUCUUUUCUUGGUAACCUCUAGAACUACAUUAUUUCCACAAUACAGGGUUUUGUUUUUCCCUUUGUCUAAGGUUCUUUUUUCCAUUGCCUCUGAUGAAAUUUAGGUGAUUUUUGUCUCAUACUGUAGAGCUCUCACAACAAUAAUUGUACUGAAGACAUGAGAGAAAUUUCAUGGCAGAACUAAAAAUUCACAAUUGUAGCAUUUGUGAAAAAAGGAAAUUUAGGGCACAAAUUGAGUUGGUUGAGAGAGGAAAGUAAGAUUUCUGGCAUUUUGAAUGUUUUAGAAAUUUGAUCUUUAUAUUUUAAAAUCAUAUAAAUGACACAAUACAGUAGCAUUUGGCAGCAUUUAAAUCUGAAGCUGCUGCUUAGUAAGCUAAGAAAUAACAGUCCUUUGGUUAUGCCUGUCUCAGAAUGGUCCGAAGUAUUUUGGAUCAAUUGGACUUUUAUUAAUACUUUUUAGGAAAUAAUAUGCUUUAUCAUGUAUUCCAUAGGCCAAUGACUUGCUCAUCAAUAACUUAGGAAAUAGAGAAACAGCCAAUUCUUUUAUGUAAGAAAAGUACUCCCUAACCCCCAUGAUUCUCUGAGUGUUCUAUAUUUCAUUUUUUUUCCAAAGGACAUUCUUGCUAAAAAGAGCAAAUGCUUUCAUCUACUUUUCUUACAUAUUUAGAAACCCAAGAAGGACCUUUUCUUAGUUUAUUUCUGUCACAGAGAAAUUACUCAUUCCAAAAUACCUGCCUUCAGGGAAGCAGGUGACCCAGAUACUGCAAAUUCAGCAUUUGUGAUUCUUAUGUUUUAGUUGAAUUUUCAAUAUGUGUAGCCAAAAAUUUGUAAAUGAAAUGUUAAAUAGAAAACCAACUAUCAGGAUUUUAUUAGGAAUAAGUAAAACUGUAUGAUGACUCUUAAGUAAAAUAUUCUUUUCUUUAAACUACUGCAGUAAUAUCAUAUAGCCAUUGAGAUAUAUUAUAGAACUCAGAAAAAAGAAAGCUAUGAGUCACCAACCAGUUUUUCAUCACUGAUACAUUGAUAGAAAGGAAACAUGGAUAAUACUUAAUCUGUUUUGUAAAACAUGCGAUUGUGACCAUAAAUGGAAAACUGUCAUCUCAUAAUUGCCUCUCUUUAACCUGAUUUAUUUUAUACUAGAAUCAGGUAGGAAAAGAUGAAAAUGUAGAUUAAAAAUCUACAUCCUCACCAGCCCAUCUGGGUUGCUCAGAGUCUGAACCAAUCACCAAUGUACUUAAGUACUUAGAAAUGAGUAGACUAAAGUUUAUAAGUAUUUUCCCCCAAAAUUAAAUAGCAUAAUUUAGGGAAUAUUGAGCCUCCACCAAAAGCACAUUUUAAGGAAAGGAUGUGCCAAUUUUGAAGCUCCUCAAAAUUAGUCCAUUUUAGGAACUAAUUUCCCAGUAAACUUCCACAGAAAAGCUCACACAUGCAAUGGAGGAGUCAGAGAUGAACAGCGUUAGCCUCCAAGAGUGGACUUUUAGUUAGAAGGGAAAGACAGGUACACAUACACAGCCUGUGCUAAAUCUAGGCAAGGGUAACCCCCUAAGGAUGGGAAGAAGAAAAUCCUCCUUUCUGUACAAAAUGAUUGAGGAAAUUUGCAUGCAAAUACAGGUCAAGUUGAUGAGUGGGGAGAAUCAUUGUAGGUAACAAGGGGCCUGUCUGGGUGAGGACUGGCCUGGACAUUGACAGAGUGGAGGGAAAACGCUGUGGAGGGGUUAAUGAGGAAACACAAGGCAAAGUAUAAAAGAACAGCUAUAGGUGUGAAAGGCUGAAAUCCACAGGGAAGUGUUGCCAAGUCUGCAUCCGAGUCUCAACUCCUGUGCAAAAUGAAUUAAGAUUCCUUACUCCUUUCUCGUUUUGGUUAGACAAAGAAAUAGCCUUUCCACAGAGCAUCUAGCCUUCCAUCAUAGCCUUCUAAGCUGGGAUGCCUCUAAGUACAGCACAAAUCAUCCAAUGCAUCAAAGAAUUUUUGCAACUCACUAGUGAAAGCAAAGCCCCAGUAAUGAAAGUAAACACUGCAUUGGUCAGGCAUUCAUUAACAAAAAGGGGUAAACUAUGAAAGUGAUUAUCUGAGUAAGUUUCUAAAAUCUCCGUUAUUCGAUAUAGACAGUCAUCUGCUUGCUAAAGCUUUGCUAGUGGAGGCCCAAAUCAAGGUUAUUGUUGUCUUUAUUUGGACCCUUUUAAGUUAUCUGACCUGAAAGGCAGGUUCUCACAGAACCUGAAAUAGAAAUCUCCCUGAAGAUGGCAGCUUAUAGGAAGCAAAGCCUCAAACAACAAAAUUUAAAAUGAUCGGAACUCCUUCACCCAAAGAUCAAUCUUGUACUGUUGUUUCUUCAGCUCUCUCUCUUAAUUUACAUGUACUUUGUAUAUCAGUCAUUGCAGGCCAUAUUUUCACAUUCAUCAAGAAACUUUUAAAAAUUACCAACUAGGAUGAGACUGCAGUAUAAAUACUUUUGUCUUGCAAGUUUGCUUCUUUCUGAUAAUGUCUAUGAUUAAUCAAUGGCUAUGUUAUUUCACAGGGCAACUGAAAUAGGGCAAAAAUGACUAUCAUCUCAGUGAUGGAAGAGAAGCUAAAAAGUAGAGCUAUUGUUAGGGUACAAAAAACAUCAGCAAGUACUGAGAAAGGUAAACUUCUAACGUGGAGUUCUUAGGCUCAUGUGACAUUACCUUGUAUGUCUUUUCUAGUCUUUCCUAGAUUUAAAAUCGGUAUUCCUAGGUUGUCCAGAGGUGUCUUGACUAAAAGGUCACGAGGACCUCAAAAAGCAACGGUGGAUUAAAUUUAUGGAAUAUCACCAUAUCCAGGAAACUUACGUAUCCAGUAAUUAGACUGAAAAUCAUUAAAAUUAAGAGCUAGCAGGAGUUAAAGGACAGAGUAAACAUAUAAAAUUACAGAAAGAUUGUAAAGUUACUCUCCCAACUUCUAAUUUAAAAGCACUGGGGAAAAAAUAUCUGUGAACACUUCAUUUUUAAAACUUGUCAAAAUGGUGCUAUUGACUCCUUACUGCAAAAAUAUAUUACAAUAUUUUUAGGUAAGUAUUGUCUGCCUUGACCAUAAAUGUAAAUACAGAGAAUAUUUGUAGAGAAUUCAUCAAAAUCACGCCCAUUUGUUUUUUGAACUACCUUACUCUUCCACUGUGGUGACUGACCAGAGUUCUCACUUACUACAGAUGAGAUGUGACAAUCACUGGCUCUCUGAAUUAUCCAAAGCUGGGGCAGAUAAUAUGGGGACUCACUGUCACUUCUUCUUGGAUUCAUGUUGGACAAUCCAAUUCAGUGAUUAACUAUGUUCAUUUGAAGGGAAGGAUGUUUUCCAGGAACUUAAAGUUUUCAUGACAUGAGCCAAAGUGGACAUUGGUAGACUAACUGUAGGAAUUUACCUUAGUAAGGAACAAUGCUACUUUGUGUAAAUUUACUCAGACUGUCACAAAGCCAAAAGAAGCUUAUACCUUGCUACUGGGAAAUUUGUAAAGCAACUUGCAUGUACAGUAUGAUAAUAAAUCAUCUGAAAGCCCAUCAAAA